AUGGUCCAACUCAGCGAAGUCGAGACUGCUUUCUACGGCGACAGAUCAGAUCCGAGGAAGGUGUACGGCCGUAGGAAGAACCGCGCUUUUAGAGGUGUCGUCGAGAAGGAGUUCAAGUCAGUAGACAUGCUGGAUGAAGGCGCUACUGCGGAGCGGCCAUCGAAAGGGCUUGCGGUGGACUCUCUACUGGACGACGGAAGCGAGGGGUCCGAUGGCAGCAUACCUGGCCAAGAGCGCUUCGAAACGAGUGGUGUAAGCCUACGCAUCCGGCCGCCUCAGGUGAAGAGUGAUGUCAAUUUCAGCGUGGGAGGGGAGAGAGGAUGGGCGGAGAAGAUCGAGGAGACUCCAGAGAUGCAGCAGAAGAGGGUCGAAGGGACGAGGCGUGCAGAGGAAAAAGAGGCUGUCAAGCAGAUGGCGAGGAGGGCGGUGGUGUUUGGGCUGCCUGCGUCUCACUCCGGUGGUUCUGCUCGCGAAGAAGGUAGGAGCGCAAAGAGGAAGAGCAAACGUCGUGAGCGACACGAGGUGGGAAGCGAAGGCGAGGAGCCGCGAGUGAGAAAAUGCGAAGCAUUGAUGGGCGCAAACAACACGAAUUGCAGGUCGUAG